ACCACCGGAAACGGGGGACUGCUAACAGAACGAACCUGGCAACCCCGGCUGCCGGGCCGACGAGUAGUUACUGAAGAAGGGAAGAUGGUUGACUUCGUGACAGCAGCGUGCUCAAAACUCCGUCCCAAACACUUUGAAAAAUACUUACAAUCUCAGCCGGGUAUUAGAUAUAGAUUACCAGGAGACAAUCAUAGAUAAUACAUAGUGAAAACCGUUGGGUAGAGUGUCUUUUUUCGCCUCCGGAACACUCUGUAUUUCCAGCCUGAAGAAAGCGGAAAGUUGUGGAACGUGGUGGCGGAUGGUGUUCGUAAAGGACGCCGGUCGUCGUUAACCGAAGUGUAAACACGAGUGUGGAAGAAGGGGGAAUUUCGGGAGUUUUUUUUGUACCCAGCUGUCGAGAUAAACCACGGAGGACACCCGGCCGUAUGCUGCCGCUGCUGUUGCUGAUACUACUACUACUACUCUUGCCUUCAAACCAACUCUGUAAUCUGUGAGGAGCGGACUUGACAGUUGGACUGAGAGCAGGCUAACUUUAGCUAGCUAACCACAGCUAGCUUUGUUGUGAACUGGGGGAUCAAAACGCUGCUCGAAAUGCCACGGAGUAAAAAGGGGAAACGUGGCUCCGGUAAACCGGGCUCCCUUCGUCUCGAGGUUCUUCAGCUGCAGCUGUCGACUAAAGCAUCCCUGAAAGGUAUUAAAAAUGGGGUGAAGGGAGAGUCGGGUGCCAGUGAUGAUGAACUGACGUCUGAUAUUCUCAGCCACUACAGCAGUGCCAGCGAAACUACUUCUGUGCUGGAAGAGGGCACAGGGAGUGAGCAGGUGGAUGAGCAGACUGCCCAGGAGGAAAUGGAAGACAAACUCAAACAGUGUAUAGAUAACCUGACGGAUAAAAGUGCUAAGACUCGUCUAGCCGCCCUCGAGUCGUUGCGACAGGCCUUCUCCUCCAGAGUGCUGUAUGACUUCCUGACAGAGAGACGCCUCACCGUCAGCGACUGCCUGGAAAGAAGCCUUAAAAAAGGCAGUGGAGAGGAGCAGGCAGCAGCGGCUACAGUCUUCGCCCUGCUGUGUAUCCAGCUGGGGGGUGGAGAUGAGGCAGAGGAGGGCUUUAAGAUGCUUCGUCCCAUCCUUACUGCCAUCCUGAUUGACAACACUGCCAGCGUAGCAGCCCGCCAGAGUUGUGCCAGAGCUUUGGGGAUGUGCUGUUAUGUGUCUGCUGCUGAAGACGGAGAGGACUUGAUCAAGUCAUUGGCCCUUCUGGAGAGCAUAUUCAUGUCUUCCUACCCCAACAGAGAGGGGACGCUGCCCACACCUAAACCUGGGAGUCCAGGCCUUCACGGUGCUGCUCUGCAGGCCUGGUCGCUGCUGGUCACCCUCUGUCCCGCAUCCAGACUGACUGUGCUGCUCGACCUUCACCUCCCCAAACUGCAGGCGUGUCUGCAGAGCAAUGAUGUCAACUACAGGAUCGCAGUGGGGGAGACCAUCGCCCUGCUGGUGGAGCUGGGGCGAGAUAUAGAUGAGGAAUUUGAGGUGGAAGCCAGUGAAAGUCUGUGUGAAUGUCUGAAGAGUUUAGCCACAGACGGCAACAAACACCGAGCCAAGAAUGACAGGAGAAAACAAAGGUCCAUCUUCAGAGAGGUGCUACAUUACAUAGAGAACGAGGACUUCACAGAGGAGAAGAUCAGGUUCGGAGUGGAGAGCGUUUACAUCGACGGCUGGAUGAGGAGAAGAAUCUAUGAUGCUUUCAAAGAGAUCCUGGAGUCCGGAGUCAGACACCAUCUACAGUUCAACCCACUACUAAGAGACAUCUUUGGCCUCGGCCCCCCCAUCAUCCUGGACGCUACCGUCAAAGGCAACAAGAUCUCACGAUUUGAGAAGCAUCUUUUCAACUCAGCUGCCUUCAAGGCCAGGACGAAACAGAGGAAUAAAGUCAGGGACAAACGGGCUGACGUCAUGUGAGAGAAGAACGAGGUUGGAGGGAAUGGAUGAGUAAGUGAGGAACUCAUUGGGCUCGAUUUGAGAUGGAUACAAAAUGAUGCCUUCAACGCUUCAGCUGUCAGAUACACACAGACUCAGCAAAACCCUCAACAUGGAUUUUUCACUUGUGCUUUUCACCUGCAACUUAAUUCUCCAGAUUCAAGAUGGCCACCGUUUAUUCUUAUCUCCCAUGGGCAACUUGCUGAUAAACAGUUUUACUGUUCUUCUUAGCAGGCAUUUGCUUUUCAGUCAAAAAUGGAAUUGAUUGCGACAACCCUUACUCACAGUAUUUCCUACACAGCAAUGCUGAUGGUUUAUAGUGAAUACCAGCUGUAAAACAAUGCCGACCUUUUCACACAUUUAAUGGGAUCUUCAGAUAUCUAAAAGGUCUUUUUACCAAAAAAAUACAGGGAGAGUAAAGUACUAAGUCUCUUUGUAAGAGUCAAACAUUUUGAAGCUUUAUGGUACAUCUCUGAUCUGUGGAACUGUCACUAAAACCUUCUUUGGUGCUGAUGGGUAUUAUUUUUCAUACUCAGCUCCAUCUUCUGCCCUGUGGUUUGACCGGUCAGUCAAAUCUUUUUUUAAUCGUAAUUCCUGUUGCGUUAAUGAAGCUUCAUGUUUGAGAAUCAACUUCUUUAAUGAGAACCAAACAGAUCCACAGAAAUAUUCUGGGAAAACCCUCCUCUUCUCUGGGCUAAAUUAUUCCUUGCUACCCCCUCAUUCGUCCUCUUUCUUCACAUCCAGAGUCACGACUUCAGCUGCCAAACCAGAAACUGACUUUACAAACAAUGCAACCUAGUGUGGUGUUUGUGUGAGAGUGUGUUUUAUUUGAAUUUUAUUUAACAUCAAGUAAAACACUUGCAAAAAAAAAAAAAAUGAAGAUGCCUAAUUAAAAAAAAAAAUGAAAUCAAAUAGAUAAUGUCAUCUUUGUAUUGAUAUUUUUUGAGAGGUAAAAUACGUUUUAACCAUUUCUGGUGGAUAAUUGUAUUUUACUUUCUAAUUUAUUAAAUGAACAGUACUCUGUGAUUUUUAAGAAACGUAAAAAUGCCAAGAACUGUUUACAGUCACAAUUAUGGGAAGAACAUUACAAGAAUUUCUAUUUUUUUUCAAUUGUAUUUUUAAUGCGGGUUGGUGGGUCAUACAAUCUACCCAUGUGUAUGUAUUGCAGAUAUACUGUACAUAGGGAUUCAUGAAGAUGCGUACUUGAAUCAUUAGAAGCAUUUGAAUGAUUUUCCCUAUGAUGAGCAGUAAACAUACAGGCCACUUACCUGAACUGCUGAUCAGAAGAGGUUUGUGGUGUUGCUGUUUUUAAUAGUGGUCAGGAUAGCAUCUUAAAUUCAGUUUGCUCCUGAUUGUGGCAGCAAUAUCACCAUUUUUUAGAUGUUUUGAUCAUAUUAAAUAUUAAAACAGGAAAUUUCUCACCAUUGAGUUUCUGCUGUUGAUCAGGUUUGACCCCCUGGGUGAAAGGGAGCAACAGGCUUCCCAUAUUACAGCAUCACCAAACUGUCUCAUCAGUAGUUCUGGUGCUAAGGCACAAGGAAUCAUGGAUCAAAUGAAAUAAAGAGAAUUUGAGCACU